UGUAGCCAAUAUGAUUGAAAGGUCGAAUAGGUUGCUAUAGGCCAGUUAUUUUUUUAAUCUAGACUUCUGUUAAAUAAUCAAAAUUAUGGCUUCUUUUUUUCCAGGUUAAGAUUGCUCAGAAGUUAGAGAAUUUGGCUUCCAAAGCAAGGACACAGGGUAACGUUAAACAAUGGGUGGAGAGGCAAGAGAAACUGCUUGAAAUUGAGUUCAAACGGGUGCGAGAUAGUCUUACUGAGCAAUAUACAGAGCUUCGAUAUCUGCUGGACCGCAACAUGAAACAGGCGUUCAAGCUGUUGGAGACCCAGCGGGAGAGUCAGAAGAAGACCGUGUAUCAUCUGGAGGAAGAUGGAAAGAACUACAGGGAACGAACGGAGGACCUUCAGACAAAAAUAGCAAAUCUGGAAAAAAGGGUGUCGUCAGAAAAGAGUUCUGAAUGCAUUCUGGUAAGACAUAUUUUUUCACAGUAAAUAUUUUUCUCCUAUCCUAAGUCUAUUUACAGUUUGUGUACAGUAGGUUAGCAAAACACCAGGAGAUUUGUGUCAUUAUAUGUCAUUAACACUAACCUGUGGUUGGUGAAACAGUGAUUAACUGGUGCCAUUUCAAUUAGUUGAUAAAAAUAUGUCUUCCUGUAGCCUAAUAAUAUCAUAAUCAUAAAUGUUGUACUUAAUUUAAUUUAAUUUAUUUUUGCCUUGCAGCUGGAAAUUGAGGCACAUCAAUUGAGGUAUGUACAAGUUGUAUACAUAAUAAAGUCAGUAUGUGAAGAGUGGAUAUUAAAUUUAAGUUGAAAUCAUUUUAAUUUCCUCUAGGUGCUAUUGUCCUGAUUUGCUUUGCUCUUCUUUCAUUCUUUUAGUAUCAACAUUAUUAAUGAAUUUUACAAGAAGGCCACACCAAAAAACAAGCUUGACAAAUCAAGGUUGGAGGCCCUGGAAAAAUCCAUCCAACAUAUCGCCACAAAAAGCAAAGAGAUUUUCCCUCGACCAUGGGAAUGUAAGAGACAAAUUAAACACAAAUGGAUACAGUACAGAAAAUUAUGUCAUGUAGUGAUGUUUGUAGUAGGCCUAAUUAUUUAGCAUAUGGUUGGUUGGUAUGGUUUUAUAAACAACAAACAUACCGAUGUCAGUGGUAUACACUCUCCUCUUUCAGUAGGCCAUACAAAAACAGCUCAUUUUGUAAACCAAGUUAUCUCUCUUUCUCUCUAUCAGUUUACGAGGACAUUACCUUUAAUCCAGACAACACAUCCGAAAGCCUGAUGAUAUCCGAGGACUAUACGCAAGUAUUCAUCAGUCCCAACCAGACGUCACCCAAAAUCCGGACCCAAGAUAAAGAAACACCGUUCCACAUCCUAGCUAAGCAAUCCUGGAAGGAGGGCCGACACUAUUGGGAGGUGGACGUGGAGAACUGCCGCACCUGGUCGGUCGGCGUUGUGGAGCUGGCCAGUGGCAAUCAGCUGAAGACGGAGGCGGCGGGAGAGCACCUGGGCCGGGACAAGAGCUCAUGGGUGUUGGAGUCAGAGGACGGGGCGCUGGCGGCGCUGCACAACGACGACUUCAGAGCGGUGAAAAAGCGGGAUGUGAAGCGCCUCGGGGUCUACCUGGACAUAUCAAAGAACAAGAGCCGGCUGACCUUCUACGACGUCGGUGGCGGCGUGGCUCUGCACACGUUCUAUGCGCUCUUCAAGAAGGAGGUGUUCCCUGCCUUCAGUCUGUCCGGUACGGAUGGCCAGGUUCAAAGCAUGGCCCUGUGCAAUCUUCGCCUCAUGCUUGAUGAUACAGACUCGGGGUUAGGGUCGUCCAGAUCGAGCUCUACCAUGUCAGAGUCGGGAUCAUCCGAGUCUUCUCCAGAGCAGUGGCGUAACGUAGUUACGACGGGCCCAGGUGCAGGCUAUUAUGACGGGCCCUAGUCAGUGGCGUAAGGCAGUGGUUCCCAAACAUUUUACAGUCCCGUACCCCAUGUUUGUAACCGCC